AUGCAAGCUCAGCUUUCUCACUUACCUUCGGAGAUUAUCCACUAUAUCAUCGAGGACCUAGAUUUCAAGGUUCUUUGUUGUCUUCGCUUGACGAACAGGAGGCUUGAUGGAUUUGCUCGUGGUUAUCUACUCAAAAUUGCAAAGGAAAUUGCUUUUCCAAAACAGGAAUACUACGAUAUGGCAAAUGUCAAACUCAUACCAGACAUUACUGGCCUGGAGGUUUUUGCGGAUUUAGUCAACGGUGGCGCUUAUCAUUCAGUUAAGCUGUUUCUUGAUGCAGGUGUCUUUGCUAAUGCGUUUGGCCUAUGCGGUCGCACAAUGCUGCACCUUUGUGUUCGCAAUGGCGAUGUGGAGCUCGCAAACCUGCUGCUAGAUAGAGGCGCGGAUCCCAAUUGCACCAUGCGUUAUGGGUUCAGUCCAAUGCACUUUCUUCGUUUUGCUCCCCCCAAGUCUCAGGAAGCACUUGCAUGGUUACUUCUUGACAAAGGGUAUAAAGUUCCGGAUAAUGUCGGGUGGCUUUUUCGGAGCAUUUGCCAGGCGAGUUGUGCUCUGAAGCUUAUCCGGUACAUGGUUGAGGAGGAUUUGAUAGACAUCAACAAAUCCAUGGACCUUAAGGGAAAGCGUUGCACGGCUCUUCAUAUUGCUGCAGAGUUUGCAAACAGUACUGACAUUCUAGAAUAUCUUCUGAGUGUCAAACCAAGUCUUUUGAACAUGUACGGGACCAGUUUGCAACGCACGGCCUACGGUUACGAAUGCGUUGACUCACGUCCCAGUAAUGCAGUUUACCUUCUCAACAAAGGCAUUAAUUUUCUGCCUGAAGAUGUCAAGCCUACAGUUGCUGCUAUAAUUAGGCUUGAGAGUGCUGUGAGCCUUAACCGUCUGGAUGUAAUCCGAGCGUUGUUAGCCCGCGGUGAACUCUGGGGUUGGGGUGAUGAAACCUGGGAGCAUGACGUGGCCCUCCAACUCGAACCACUUGAGUCUGCUAUCGAAUAUCAAUAUUUGACAGCCAUGGAGCUCUUGCUCGAGAAUCGCCAUUUUCCAUAUGACCAGGUUCUCAUUGACAAGUGUGAAAAGCUGGCCUCCGCAUGGGGAUGCCUAGAAGGAUCGCGUUUACUUCAAGCGAAGCAAAUUUUACAAAAGUUGAAGCAAGCUAUGGGUGUUCAGUAG